AUGUAUGCAUUGCCUACUAGUGCUGACCGUGCCUGUUACCUGUGCGUACCGCCUAUCCCAGGUAUAGAGCCUGCUGCUCUAGGUGAUGGUGAGGCUGCUGCUCUAGGGGCUAGUGUGUCUCCUGCUCUAGGUACGGGUGAGACUGCUACUCCAGGUGCUGGUGAUUCUACUCUCUCUGGUACUGCGCCUGCUGCGGCCUUGUACACCUUCACACUUGACUCUGGUGCUUCUCAAUCCUUCUUUCGCGACAGCACCGCCCUCACGCCGCUCAUUCGGCUGGUUCCAGUCUCCGUGGCAAACCCCUCUUGUGGUCCAGUCUGUGCGACCUCCUCCACUGUCCUCCCUUGUCCUGCUGUCCCGUCCGGCACACUGUCGGGUCUUGACCUCCCCUCGUUCUCUACGAACUUGACGGGUCGUCACCUGGCUACCUUCACUCGGCAGCCGGGGUCGGGCCUGUACACACUGGUCACUGCGUCCCCUCAGAUAGUUGCGUCUGCGUCUGCGUCAGGUCAGAUGUCGGCCCCCUGCUCGUGUCGCGCCUUGUCGCACCAGACCCUCCUUUGGCACCACCGCCUUGGUCACCCCUCGGUGCAGCGCCUUCGCAGCAUGCACUGCCGUGUCCUUGUCUCUGGUCUUCCCAGGGUUCUCCCUCCCCUCCCACCCUCGCAUGCUCCUCCCUGUCUUCCCUGUGUCGAGAAGCGGCAGCGUGCCGCUCCUCACUCCUCGUUCCCUCCCACAAAGGCUCCCCUGCGGACUCUCCACCUGGACGUGUGGGGCCCAGCCCGCAUCCGUGGACAGGGCCACGAGCGGCACUUCCUGCUGGUCGUCGACGAUUACACGCGUUACACCACGGUCUUCCCUUUGCGCACCAAGAGUGAGGUCCCUAAUGUUUUGAUCCCUUGGAUCCGCGCUGCUCGUCUCCAGCUCCGCGACCGGUUCCAUUUGGACUUUCCGGUCCUGCGUCUGCACUCUGACAGAGGUGGGGAGAUUUCCUCUGACCUCUUGGCAGCCUUCUGUGCGGAGCACGGCAUUCGCCAGACGUUCACGCUUCCGGCCUCUCCGCAGCAGAAUGGGGUUGCUGAGAACCGCAUUGGCUUAGUCAUGGAGGUCGCUCGUACCUCCAUGAUCCAUGCGGCUGCCCCCCAUUUUCUGUGGUCGUUUGCGGUCCAGUACGCCGCGCAUCAGCUCAACCUCUGGCCCCGUGUCUCCUUGCCGGAGACCUCGCCCACACUGCUGUGGACGGGGAAGGUUGACGAUGCGUCGCAUUUCUGGGUUUGGGGUGCUCGUGCCUUUGUCCGCGAUACGACUGCGGACAAACUCUCCGCCCGCGCUGUUCCCUGUGUCUUCCUUGGCUUUGUCCCUGACGCGCCUGGUUGGCAGUUUUACCACCCCACCUCGCGCCGUGUCUUCUCCUCUCAGGAUGUCACGUUUGACGAGUCAGUAGACCCCCUUCCCGCUCCCGGUCCUGCUCCUUCAGAAGUUUCUCAGGUAGACCCUCCUCCGUUGACUGCGCCGGUUGAGGUCACUGGUGACUCAGGUCCUGCUGAGGGUGGUUCUGCUCGGGGUGCUGCUUCUGGGGGUGCUGAGCCUGGGGGUGUGGAGCGUGGGGGUGCUGAGCCUGGGGGUACGGAGCCUAGGGGUGCUGAGCCUGGGGGUGUGGAGCCUGGAGGUGCGGAGCCUAGAGGUGCGGAGCCUGGGGGUGCGGAGACUGGAGGUGCUGAGCCUGGACGUGAGGAGUCUGGGGGUGCUGCGCCAGGGAGUACUGAGUCUGGGGGUGCUGCACCUAGGGGCACUGAGGCGUCUGGUGAGCAGUCUCCCUACGGCGGCGUCUCCGCAGUCGCUUUGCUGGUACCUUGCCGCUGCACUCUAGUCGUCGACUCCCUCUCUCCCCACAGUAGCUACGUGAGUGGUACGUUGGCCGUCAGGGUCGCGCUGCUAGAGCUAGGGGCCCUGCUGCGGGAGGCACUGGUAAUGGUGUCUCUGCUACUGGUGUUGUUUCUGCUGGAGGUUCUGGAGCUGCUGAGGGUGCUGGCGCCGGAGGUUCUGGAGCUGCUGCGUGUGCUGGUGCUUGAGGUUCUGGAGCUGCUGCGGGUGCUAGCGCUGAGGGUUCUGAGUCUGCUAGUGCGCAGUCUCCUUGGAGUAGCCGCCUUCGUCCGCGUGUGCCUCUCACCUCACAGCAGUUGCACGACUGGUACGGUCGCCGUCAGGGUCACCCUUCUGGAGCUCGGGGCUCUGCCGUUGGAGGUACUUCUGCUAGCGUCACUGGAGAUGGGAGUGGUGCUGGUCCCGGAGGUGCUCGUACUGGAGGUACUGGAGCUGCUGGGGCUAGAGGUGCUGAGCCUGAGGGUGCUACUGCUGGAGACCCUGGGUCUGGGGGUGCUGCUGCUGGAGACACUGAGGCUGGAGACCCUGGGACUGGAGGUGCUGGUUCUAGGGGUGCUGCUGCUGGUGGAGCUGGUCCUAGAGGAGCUGGUGCUGAGGGUUCUGGAGCUGCUGGAGGUGCUGGGGCUGCUGGGGGUGCUGGAGCUGCAGGUCUGCUAG